UUACGAAAAUAACAACAAAACUCAUGCUGUCAUUUUUUCGUUUCGUCGUCGGAUUGAAAUUCGGUAAAGUAAUAAAGUGUUAGCUUUAUAAAAUCAUCGUCUCUUCACAGUAACUCGCGUCGGAGUUCACGGGUCUCUUAAAACGUUCGGUCAAUAUAAUCGGUUGUGUUCUUCCUCGUCGUAUUCAUUCUCAGUUUCAGCCAAUCGUGCCCGGUAUCGCGUUGUCCACUGAACUUUUCAUCCUUGGAUUGCCGACCAUCUAAGUUCUGUCAUAACCAGUCAGAAAUUCAAAUUUUACAAUCAAAUUAUUAAUCGAGGCGGAGUAUAAUCAUACGCCAUAACGCCCAGUCUUUCAACUCCAUCUGUUAACGAAUAACACGAACUUUAGCCACUAUACGUCUCCAAGUCGUUUGAAGGAUGACGAAGGAGGAGGACGCGGUGCUCAAGUACCUGAGCGACACGAACCGGCCGUACAGCGCGACGGACAUCACGAUGAACCUGCACAAGGAGUUCGGGAAGACGGCCGUUCAGAAGGCGCUAGACUCCCUCGUCGAGAAGAAAAAAGUCCGCGAGAAGCUCUACGGGAAGCAGAAAGUGUUCUGCAUUGUUCAGCCGGAAACGGCCAAUAACUCCCAGGGCCUGGAUAACGAGCUCAAAGAUCUCGAUGCGCAGAUCAACACGCUGACGGAGAACCUGAAAUCCGUGGAGACGGAGCUGAAGUCUUCGGAGGCGAAGCACCGCGACCUCCAGUCGGCGCUGACGACCGAGGAGGCGGAGGCCCAGCUGGCGGAGGUUCAGGCCUCCGUGGAGAAGCUGGAGAAGCGGCUGAGCGACCUCUCCUCGAGCCGCGUCCAGAUCUCGGCCAAGGACCGGGAGGCCAUCAAGAAGGAGGCCGAGAAGGUCGUCAAAGAGUACAGGAAGCGGAAACGGAUAUGCACGGAUAUCCUCAACUCCAUCCUGGAAAAUUACCCCAAACCCAAGAAGACCCUCUACGAGGAGGUCGGUAUCGAGACCGAUGAAGAUGCCGGUAUGAAACCUAUUGCUUGAGAUUGUCGUUCAAGGGCGCGCUCGUGAUAAUGGUUAAUUGAACCGUGUUUAGCAGAAAGGAACCAAGCCACAUUAGCUAUUGCCGAAUGUAACCGGGCAAUUUUAUAUUUUACAAGAGAACGU